AUGGUUUCGUACUCUGGCUUGCAAGAAUUUGAAAAAGAUGUAUUGGAAUUCGAAGCCGAUAGAGACAAGAGCAUGGGGUACACAUUUGAUCCGAGGGAUUGGAACAGAGGCAUCGAGAAUAUUGAAGAACAUCAGACUAGUGAGUUUGAAAAUAAAUAUCGCAAAAUCUUUAUAUCGAAAAACGUUUUAAAAAGGAAAAAGAUAACUUUGGUUCAAAGAAAUAUAUUUUCCAUUUUUCGCAUUUUUUUAAUAAUUUUUUUUAUUUCUUCUGACAUGAAAAUCCCUUAUUACCACCCUUUUGUAAUGCCAAUUCUUUUGCUGACCUACACAUGACCUUUCCUUGUUUAAUGCACUCCGGAUAUGAGGCUUUUGUAACCAGAACUUGUCGCCAAACAAUGCCCAAGAAGUGCUAAAUUGAUGCGCUUUUUGUCCGCUCAAGAGUUGGCAAAUAUGCGUAGAGAAGGCGAAUGUUUUGCCACUUUCAACGCAAAAAUUUCAGGGAAUUUUUUGGAGGUGGUUUGCGAAAUACGUAAAAUUUAUUUUUUUAAAACAGUUUUAAAAAAAUUUGAAAAAGAUAGAAUUGAGGAAUUUCUCAUGGAUAAAAUAUUAUAAUUGGACCCUGAUUUGUCCGUUUUUUCUUUUGUCAACCCCAGAAUUCACGGCAAUGUUGAGUAAUUAGCAAUUAUCCACACAUGUGUGACCUUUUUGUUUUGUGACUUCCAAAUUGUUGCGCAAUCCCCGUAAUAACAGAGUUGGCCAAUUAUUUGGUCCCCGAAAGAAUAUGUUGUGGUAUGUUGGCGUCGGUCGCAGCAGGGGAUUUGGAGAAAACAUGGAUUUGAAUGGGAUUUGGGGCUUUGAUGAAAUUUAUUUAUUGGCAAGUGCAAUUUUCUUAGAUUUUUUUUGAAUUUCACCAGAUUUUCGUUGUAAAAAUUACAGUUUAUGAACUUGACAGGCAUCAAACAUAUUCCAUUUGCCCAAUUUUUUGUUAAUUUAAAAAAUUUUGCAUAAUUUUAAAAAAUUUUGCAUAAUUUUAAAAAAUUUUGCAUAAUUUUAAAAAAUUUUGCAUAAUUUUAAAAAAUUUUGCAUAAUUUUAAAAAAUUUUGCAUAAUUCUGAAAAAUUGCAGUAUCAAAAUAUUGAACGUUUUGAAAAUUUUUUUUCGGCCUUCGUAAAUACCCUAAGGGCAGAUGAGGUUAUUUGACCUGGAUUUGUCGUCCCCGACGCAAGAGCCCCUCGAAUAUUUCCUGCUUUUAAAUUUUUGACUUGUUUUUGAAGCGGAAAAUUAGGUUCAAGAGCGGCCGGGAAAGGUAAUUUGAUCGGCAUUGGCCCCACCGGCCGACACGGGAGACCAGCGGAGGAUUCGCAGGUAGUAAAGAGGAGAACAUUUUUGACAAAGUCAUCGGCGGCUUUGGGGAAUUUUUGGACUUUUCUCACAAUCAGUUCUUUGCAGUUUUGGGUUUCUGAAAAAAAAUUGGCCUAAAAAUUGACCCGAAUAAUCUCAAUUUUUUGUAUUGGCAAGUUUUAUUUUUGAAAUGCUUAAAAAAUAAAUUAAAUUUUUAGUUCAGAAUUUCCUAUUUAAUAUUUUUCAAUUUGAUCUCGACUGAUUUUUAAAGCCGUCUUUUGGAUUUUCUAACCUGAAAGUCGACAAAAUGAAGUCCAUUGAAGCGUGAAGGGUUGAAUAAGUCUUGAUUUCCCGCGAAAAGUAAGAUCAAUUUAUAUUUUUGAGAAGCUUUUUGAUGUGUAAGACAAUAUAACCCUUCUGUCUUUUAGUAAAUAUUCGAAUUAUAAUACUUUUUUUCCAGCCAAACUUUAUAUUUCCUUCGAAAUUUCAUAACAAAUUUCCCCCGUAGAAUUGGCCGAUUUCCGUUUCUUUGUGCGAAUUUUCAAAUCUCCCAUAACGGCGGCCUUUCAACGCCUUUCGGCCGUCUUCGCGCACGCACAUAAUUGGCCGAGAUUUGGGCGUUUUUAAAAACACACUUCAAAUCCAAUUAACCGUGCCGAUUUUCGACCGCCGGGGAUGCGCAACCCCAAACAAGUUUUGGCCGCAGGGCAGUUGGGCCAAUUUCUGAUGCGCGGGCGUUCUCGGAGGGCUAACGGAGUUAGCGAGGAGUUAUUUUGCUGGAAAAUCAAUUUAUAAAGUUAUGACGUUUUCAUGUAGUUACAGUGGAAGUUGCUCAAGUUUGACCUUGUUAUCUUGUUUGAAUUUGAUGCUAACUUGGAACAUUGGAACAUAACCUUCUAGACGAUUUUUCAAUCUUUGUCAUUUCUUUUUCAUGAGGGAAUUUACUCAUGAGGCACAUAAUGGUGCUUAUACAAAAGCUCAAUUUAUUCUGGUAGAAGUUUGAAAAGUUACAGCCAAUAAACGCUUCUCGUCAGACCAAAUCUCUUCAGGUUGCGUACUCUCUCGAAAAAGAAGGUCUAUGUUUGCCGCUAUGGGCGCCAAUUCCUACUUAUGUUACAUUGAUUGACAUGGGGUAUAUUUAGAUUACAUGAACAAAAUAUGGAGAACUUGACGCGUACCUUUCACAGUUUUCAAGUCAUACCCAUAACCUUAUAAAACAAAUAUUCCAAUUUAUGGAAUAUUCUUUUUAUUGACAUCCAAGCCAUGCCCCAGAGAAUAGUGUUUACUUCAAAACCAUAUCCCAAAUGACUUUGUCCGCUCUAAUAUGCAUGUCCUCCCCCAUACUCACCUUUGUCAAAACUUCUUUCAACUCGCUCCCUGACCAUUUAAAUUCGCUCCCACUUGUCGCGUUCUUUGUUACUUGUCUCUUUUUUCGCUCACAGAUUCCCUGAGGCUAAUUCGUUAUUCUUGUGUCCACUUUGUGUCCCCAAAUUCGGAACAUAAGUUUUCUCGCUUCUUUUUAUCCUGAAAUUUUUAUGCGCGAGAAAAUUUUGGAGCGGAAGGUGAAGGCUCUUUAAGGAAGGGGCCUGGGGGGAAGUGCGCAAUUUUAAUAUUAGGAUUAAGAGCUUGCGAGAAUGGACAUUUCUUCAGGGCAUAACCUAAAGGAUUAGGAAGGGGUUUAUGAGUGAGUGGACAAGUUGUUGAGGGGGAUUUUGCGAAGGAAAGGAUUGGAAUUUGGUCGAAUUUUGAGGUCGAAUGAGACCGUGGUGUAGUUGAAAACAUGGGUUACUUAUUCCUGUAGUUUUUUGAUUAUUUUUUUCCAAAAAUUGAAAAUCCUCAACCUGAUGUAUUUUACAAUUUUUUUUAGCUAUUAUACCUUUAUUUUUACUACAAUUGCUUCAUGAGCUCCUUCAGAAUUGCACCCUCACAAAUUCCUCUCCCUUUUUAUGCAAAUUCAAGCUCAUCCAUCUUAGCUCUGUUUACCUCCGACAUGCUCUUUGUUUACAGACGCUAAUGAAAGGGACAAGUGUUAAAGUCGUACGAAACAGACGAGAAGAAUUUGGUUAAAAUUUCUUGAAACAGACUCGCCCCGUCCUUUCCACGUCCCUUCUCCAAAACUUCGCCUAAAACCAUAAUUUGCGUACCUAAUUUGAGGGAUUUGUGAGCGGCCGUCAAGGUCGCAUUCGGUGGUUACUUAUUGUCCGCGCUCAUUGUUUUGUAAGGUUUUAUACAUGGGGUACGAUCUAUUACAUUGUAGGAGACUCAUCUGAACUAAUCUGACUACAAGUGUAUUCUUUACUGUAAAGUAAUGCCCUUUUGUCAUCAUUUUAUAUGAUCCUUUCCCUCACAUUCCAAUCAAUAUUGUCUUUGGCCUCGAAAGCCACAAGGUGGUUAUAAGAGAGAUGUAAUUAUGAUGGAUUGAAAAGCAUGUCAUUUGAGCUGAACAAACCUCUAAUCUCUGUGUGGCCGUCUCCUCAUCGCCUGCCCUCUUUCGGCCCGACUUUUCUUUUGAUUUCGUUUUGAGGAUCAGUUGACAAGAAAAGGAGGAGAAGAGUUCUUCAAAUUUACCUGAGGGGACAGGCCCAGUUUUUUCGGACGGCUACUUUGACUCAUCUUUAUAUAUCAAACGUCGAGUCCGCAGGCGUUAUGAGGGAUGGUUUUGGGAGGGCAUGAAUUGAUUUACGAAGUACAUACCGGUCGAGUAUGUGUUAAUGAAAUAGGAUUUCCCGUGGCUGCUUUUUGGCUAUGCUACAGUGAUGGACCUGGUGUGCUGUUUUGUAUCCGUAAAGGGUUAAAAAUCCUGCAAAAUACCUCCCUUCUUUGUCCAAGAAAGGAGAAACAGCGCAAAGAGCGCGGCACAGCAUUCCGAACUUUUUUCGCCGCCGAUCGGUGUCCAAAAAAAUGAAAAAUUAAAAAGUGCACAUUACAUUUUCAUGUGUGUAAGGGUAGCCAGAAGAGAUACCGGCAAAAACAAAAACUCUUUAUGUAGAGUAAUCAAUUUCCUUUCAGAGUAUGUAAGUAUUGUCUUCAGGUUGUCCGCUACCUUUGAGAAAAUCGUCACUAAAAAAUGGAAAUUUCGAUUUUGAAUGCCAAAAAAUGUACUUUCUUGAGGCCGCCAAAAAGAUGUUGGAGUCUAUCGUAAAGAGAAUUUCAAGGGCUACAACAUAUUAAAAUUUCAAGAUUUUUGUGGGGUUUGAGUCAAGUUAGAGUGAAAAAACACUUGAUUUUGCACUUUUCUUGAUUUAUUUGCACUUUUAGUGCAAAAAUAAAAAACCAUCCGUGGGCGAUGGAAUCUGUGUGUCAUGUCGGAUAUGCAUGCCAAACAUGAAGCUUCGCCGACGCUCCGGAGUCGCUGAAUAUCCGUUUAAAUACGAAACCUUAGAGUACUAUUUCUGUCGUUUGAAAUCGCUUUAUGUGCUCCAAGAUCCCUUCUAUCAAAAAUAUAUUGUGUGUAUACAGUGUAUAACAACUGCAUAACGACUUAGUUGCAAAAGUCUAACUCAGAUUGGCGGUUAAUUUAAUUGGUGUUGCAACAUCAAAAAUUGGCUCUGGGAAGGAUUUUCUGCCAAAUUCAAUUUUCGAAAUGAAAAAAAUAUAUCGUGAGUAAAUGAUAAGAAGUUGUUAUACACUGUAUAUAGACAAUAUACUUUUGAUCAAAAGGUAUCUUGGAGCAGAUAAAGCGACUUCAAACAAUAGAAAUAGUACUCUAAGGUUUCGUAUUUAAACGGAUAUUCAGCGACUCCGGAGCGUCGGCGAAGCUUCAUGUUUGGCAUGCAUAUCCGACAUGACACACAGAUUCCAUCGCCCACGGAUGGUUUUUUAUUUUUGCACUAAAAGUGCAAAUAAAUCAAGAAAAAGUGCAAAAUCAAGUGUUUUUUCACUCUAACUUGACUCAAACCCCCACAAAAAUCUUGAAAUUUUAAUAUGUUGUAGCCCUUGAAAUUCUCUUUACGAUAGACUCCAACAUCUUUUUUGGCGGCCCCAAGAAAGUACAUUUUUUUGGCAUUCAAAAUCGAAAUUUCCAUUUUUUUAGUGACGAUUUUCUCAAAGGUAGCGGACAACCUGAAGACAAUACUUACAUACUCUGAAAGGAAAUUGAUUACUCUACAUAAAGAGUUUUUGUUUUUGCCGGUAUCUCUUCUGGCUACCCUUACACACAUGAAAAUGUAAUGUGCACUUUUUAAUUUUUCAUUUUUUUGGACACCGAUCGGCGGCGAAAAAAGUUCGGAAUGCUGUGCGCGGCUUUUGAUUUGGAAACAUGGGGAUGCAUUUUUCACUUUGUGAAACAAAAGGCGGUCUCUUAAAGGCAGUGCUCUUUUGAUCAGAGAAAGGAGGCAUUUUGCGGUAUUUUUGAUUUUUCCUGCAUACAAAGUUGCACUUUUAGAGCGGCUGGAUCAGAUGCGCCAUUGUAGGACCUGCGUCAUUAAAGAUUCAGCUUUAAGAUCUCAAUAAUUUAUGCAAAGCACCAACUGAAACUCUCACAGAAGCCUUGGAAAACGCUUGACAAAGAUUAUUGCUAGUUUCUAAAGUUUUACAUACAUAUAUGCUCGCAUCUUGAUCAAUUCCACUGUAAAUUAAUCCUCGUCCAGCCUUACUCAAACUGAUAAAAUCCCCCGUCUAAUCCACUCACUCCUUCUAUGUAAAACUGACACAAUGUCCACUCCGUUUCCCUUUCGCCCUUCGCCAAACUUCAACCGGAAUACCGCUCGAAAUGUGAGGGGAACCGUCCGGUCGAAGUGGAUAAUAAUCCGAUUAAUCGGACCAAGAUAAAACCCUGUCUGCACAAGACGAACACCCGCAAAAGAGCCCUCGCCAAAAGCGGAAUAUAUAGUUUUCAGUUACGUUAUUGACUGACUACUCUUUGAGAGGGAACUUUGGAAGAACUGUAAGUGAUUUUUUAAUCUUUUGUGGGUUGGAAAAUGCAAGAGUUGGUGGGAAACGGAGGAAGUCGGUCUUUGAUCGGCGAAUAUAUGAAAUUUUGAGGGGAUUCUUCGUUUUUACGGAGAUUUUUGACUAUUUUACGAUGAUGCCUGAUUAGGAUCACAUGUAUUUUACAAUUCAAGUCCUUGCUUUUAUCACAAAGCCUAUUGUUGCGCAUUUGAUCCAUUUCUUUUCCGUUCUUCCCAUCCUGUAUUACCCGCGUAAUCCGCCUUCCAUUAUUCCAUUACGUAACAUUUGGCACUCUAGGGGUUUCGCGCAAUAAUGAGCUUGUUUGAUCACUAAUUUUCAGAGGCUAAUUAGCGGAUAUUAUGUGAAAAAGAAAAGGAUGUUCUGGGGUGCGAGGAAGCGCUAAUAACAGAUAGCUGGAGGUAAACUGCGACAUUGUUUGAAAGGGUUAUAUUUUUGUUGCAAAUGAUGAUCUGAAAAACAAACUCUUUUGUACCCAAAAGUGGAUUGCGAUCCUUAAAAUCUUCGGUUAUGCUUAGCCUGGACGUUUAAAAACAUUUUGCAAGAAAUCACGUAAAAUGAGAGAGUAGGCUCGACAAAAGAACGUCUCUUUUUUUAUGGUUUCAAAUGCCACUUGGAAAAAAUUGAAUUUUUAUACGAUAUAAAAAAUGCUAUCUUUAUACAUAGUAUAAAAAAUUACUACGACUAUUUUGUCAUUUUUUCAUCCAUAUCUUUACAACCUCAAAAAUUUCAUCUUUGUUGCAAAAUCGGAUAAAAAAUCAGUUUCGAAAAUUUCGGCUGACCCCAGAUUAACUCGUUUCCCCGACCUUGCAAUAGUAGAGGAUUAGUAUUAUAUGUUCAUCCAACUGAAUAGCCUCAUCAUCUUGCUCUUGAGGGUAAGCCGGAGAAAAAACAAGGAGGUCAUUAGCGAGAAACCCGGGAAAAUGGGGAGUGACCAUCAAAAUAUAAUAGCCCCAAUUUCUAUGAAUUACUGUCUCAAUUUUUUACUUUGCUACUCAUAACUUAAUUUUAAAAAAAAUUUUGCUUUUUUUAGUAAAUUCAGCUUUCGUGUCCAUCAUUUUCCCUCAAUUAACCCGGCCAUUCAUGUAAUGUUAUGUAAAUACGACGUAUCUUCUCCUUAUCCUCGUACUAUUUAUUUAUUUCUCGGCACGAAGCCGCUUUUUUGUUCGUGUUUUAAGGGGGGUUUCACGGCACUUUUUGAUUAAAUUUCAUUUUUCGUGUGUUCUUUUCUUAUCCUAGCACUAGCAGAUGUAAAGGGGAAUUUGGAUUUGAUGUUGCUGGGGUGAAAGGACGAGAGUUUCUAGAAGCAAUUGGAGGAUUAUCUAGAAGAUGUGUUUCGUUUUUAUUUUUGAAUGUGGAGGUUUAAGAAGGCCGGUACAGCUACUUUUUAACCGCUGUUUUAUGAAUUGUGAGACAAAAUGUCCAGAAAAUUCCUUUGGCUAUUAUUCCAAUAACAACAGGGAAGAAUUCUGGUACAUUCUAAAUGUGUACUAAUAUAUAAUUACUAUUGUACUUUUUGCAAUUUUGCUUUGUUUCCAGCAGGAAACACAAAAAAUUUUUGACGUUUCGUUGCCCGAGCCGUUAAAAGUGCGAUUCAAAAGUAGCUGUACACUCCUCAAAUUGCAUAUUUUACCGUUUGGUUAUGUAAUCUAUAAUGCCUAACUUAACUAAAGAAUUUUACAACUAUUAGGCGUAGAAGUAUGACCGUGCCGUUUUUUUAGUUGCGCCUUUUUUACAGGUAGAGUUAAAGUUUUGGUGCAUCUGUUGAUAUCGUCUGAAAGAACGUUGAAAACGCUGUCUAUCGAUAUAGGCUUCGUGUGGUUAGGUUUAGAAUAGCGGGUUUUAUAAAGCUUCAAAGAUGACCAACUUUCGUCCCAGAAAAAUGCCAUUUGCGGGAAAUUUUUCUCUAUACAUGUAAUGUGAGCAAAAGCGCCGUCGACGCAUGGAACGCUUACAGAAGCUUACUGUGGUUGUGCACUGUAAAAAAAAUCCGUCGGAAAAGGGUUCAUCGUUUCAAAUCCCGUGAUUUUCCAACCCAUAUAAGAAAUUUGAAUAUGGAGAUUAUUGCAAACAAAAUGAUGCCGGUGCGCAAGAAAAGCUAGUUGUGAUGUUACACGUCUUGCAUAAAGGAGCUUCACUCAGUUUGGAACAAUUGUGAAGGAUCCAGAGAGAAUUUUCCCCUCGGAAUUAAUAAUAGAAUAUAAAAUUGGAUAAGGUUUAGUGUAAAAAUUUUUUGUUUUGAUUGAAAUAAUGGGCCGGAAAACGGCACGAUCAUACUUCUACGCCUAAUAUUUUUCCAUAUUCCCGUCCCUCUAUAUUCCCCUUUCCCCAAAUUUGAGCCAAUCUGCUUUUGACCUCAAUUCGAACACCGCUUCCUUUCCUUUGUCCUCUCCCUUUUACCAUUUGUCAUAUCCGUUAUAAAAGGCGCUAAAUACCUUCAUUAUCGGUGGAUGCGCGCAUAUAAGGACAUAAUGGAAUAAAGAGUACCGAAAAUAAUGUGAAACGAAGGGAUGGCCUUGUUUUUUGGGGAUACCGACAUUUGCGGGACAUUUCCGGCGAUGAUGGAGGUGGAAAUGGGGAAUGCAGUUUUUAGGUAUUUUCGAUAUGGCCGGGAUUUAAUAUCAUAGGGAUUUGGAGCAUGUUAUGUUGUCUUUUGUUUGUUUUGCAAGUUUUCAGAGGAAGUUGAAUGUAAAAAAUAUUGAAAAAAGCAACCUUUGUGUUGUACUAGGCAUCUGACGACAAAUCGUCAGAUUUUCUCACUUCUGAGUAUUCGUUUUUCUUUAAAUUUUGCCUUUAUACUCUAAAUAGAGCGUUUAUCAAUUCUGAAAUAUUCUGGCCAUUGUUUAAAAAAAACUAGUCUUUGCAGCAAUAUUAUACUCCUGAGUUACUGUAGAGCCUUCAGUUGCAAAACAGAAAUUGAAAGAUAGCAUCUUACGUAAUAGAAACAUGAUGAUUCGGUUUUUAAACACGAUUAUUAGCAAUUUUCUUGAUUGCAUUGACGAGUCACCCUUUCAGGAUCCUUCCACACACUAAAUCACCCCUCCUCGAUUCCUCAAACCAUCAAAUUUGAUCAAGAUUUCUCCAAAAACAGACCGUUGGAAGUGGCCAGAGACGUAAUUGUACCCACCAAACCGAGAAAAUCGAAUUUGAAUAGCAAGAAAAAGAAGAACAACGCCCGGCGGAAGCAUCGGAAAAAGGAUCGGAACCGGACCCGCCCCAUUAGCAUGCCCCUGGACGAUGAUCUGUUCAUCGAGCCCGCUGGCGAUUAUGAUGUCGUCUAUGGGGAUUACAAUACCACGUAAGUUCGAAACGAUUUUUUAAAACUUUUACUGGUUCUAGGGACAAUUUUAGAAAGCCUUGAAAAAAAUAUUUUCUUGAAUUUUUCACAGAAAAGUUCGUCUUAAAGACAUCUUUGAUUCCAAAAGAAAUAUUGGAAUUUUAGUUUCUCUUGAUCUCAAAGUCCAUUUUCAAUCGAUAACCUAAAAUUUUUGCGUAAUUUUGCGCCCCUCUGAAUGCGAUAAAAGUCACUUCCCCGGCAUUUGAAAGUAAAUUUAAAGCCAAAUCCCCGCCGAUCCUCCCCCGGGACCAAAUUGAGUUUGGGAGGGGUGAAAAAGAGGCGACAAUGACACGAGAAAUCUCCCAAAUUGCAAUUUUUGAUCAGAUAAACAUUGGGCUUGGGACAAGAGCUAUUUUAGAAAGGAAAUUGGGUUAUCUAACAACUCUUGAGCCGUAAAUAGUACUUUUUACAAAUUUGGUCUUUUAAAAAAAUAUUUGCCGAAAUGACUAAUAUUUUUUCUAAACGUACAUAAACUUUAAUUUUCGGCCGUUUUUUGCAAACACAGAUAUCAAAGGGACAAUCCCUGCGGCGAUUGAUGGAGUACACGCCAAAUCGGCCUCCAAAAGACGGAAAUGAGGGAUUGGGUGAUCCAAAUUUUAUUCUCUCAAUUUAUUUGAACGCUUUUCGAGGCUGAAGUCCAUGUUUUGCACUCGAGAAUUUGGAUUUUUUAAGAAAUCAGAAAAAAUUUUUGAUAUUUUAGAAUUUUUUCAGAGUUUGGCCAUUUCUGCAUAGCGCGGUUGGAAAGUUUGCGAUGUUCAUAAUCUUUAAAUUUUCGAGCGUUUACAUGAUCACAGAAAAGUUUUUUCCGAGAUUUUUCGAAUUGCAAGGCCUUGCGUCUCAACCGUUUCUGCACAGCGCGAUUUGCAAAAAUCGAAAAAAAUCAAAGCUUAUACUUUUUGUGUUUCCCAAGUAAUAAAAAAUAUUUUUUGGAUGAUGUAACACUCUAAAAUUUACCGUAAUCCCAAAAAACCUUCGAAAGAUAUUGCGAUAAAAUCCCGGAGAUUGUUUCAAUCCCGGUCCUUCGGGCCGAAACGCCAGUUCAUCAUUGCGAAUAAACUUGGUUGUUUUUUGAUGAAGACAGAGUAGGGGAUAUCCGAUUCGGACAGGCCCUCCGGGCGAAUCGCCGGCCCUCCCAAAACUUUUUCCACCCUGCCUCGCCCAUUUAUUUUUUGUUUUAUGGGUUUGGGUUCACAUUAGGCCAAAUUUAUGGGCCGUUAAUUAAUUUACAAUAAUUAGGUGCCUUAGGGCAUUAGAGGGGAAAUUUAUGGAUGAUGAAUGGAGGAUAGGUGCAAUUAGUCUGAUUACUUGUUUGAUUCGUCUUUUAUGACUAUUCUGUUAGGUAUUUUUUGGAGAUCGGGGAUAUUAAACGAUGUUAAAGAUGAGUACAAGUUCAAAGCGGAAUUUCUUUGAAGUUCUGGUCGGAUUGGGCCGAAAAUUGUUUCCAAUAGAAAGCCCAUGGAUCAGAGAGUUGUGUCAGUAUACAAAAUGUCAGCUAUCAACGUUUAUAGAUCGAUUUUAUCGAAUUUUUGAAUCUCCAAAUUAUUUCCUAAAAAUAGAAGAAUUCCAAAAAAGUGGGUCAUUCUGACCCAAUUUUGUCUCGAAAAUUUUAUCUCUCCUUCCUGAAAGGCUCUAUUAUCCUUUAUGCAAAUAUCCGACGACCCAACUCUAUUUGCAUUUCCAAAAAAUUAGAAAUUCAUAUUUUCUUUCCCGGAUGCCAAUUAUUUAUAACCCAAAACUUUGUAAAUGUUUAGUGGACGCAACCCCUAUUAUCCGGAGACUGUCAGCGGUCAGCUGCUUAAUUAGGCUCAACUUGAGUGGCAUGGCCAACCGAAAAAGUCUUCGCGGGCAGAGGGAUUUGCACGCGAUAAAUGACUUGGGGAAUUUUUGAAAGGCGCAAUUUGAGGCAACUUGGGGCUAGUGCCAAGAAUAUGGCUUGGAAAUUUAGGAUGACAAUUUUUUAAUAUACGGUGGGAGAUUUUAAAUCUUGCGCAAAUUAAAUUUUUGUAUUUUUUAAUAUUCCAAAGCUUAAUUUACAUGUUGAGCCAUAUUUAAUUGACAUUGGAAUGAUGUCAGCGGGUGAUCUUCAUCUUCAUUUAGCUCAUUUUGGCGGGGUUUUCUUUUAGGUUGAUUUUUGGCGCGGCAUGGGAAGAGAUAAAUUUUACAGGGUUAAUGGGACUAGUUCAAAAAUUUCUACUGCAACAUGAAAUUUGGGCACUAAAUUUUUACUCAAAAGGUCAUAAUUUUCAUUCAAAUUUUUUAAAUUUUGAUGUAUAUUUUUUUCGCAUCGUAUUUUACCUUUAUUAUAAUAUCCAUGACCUCUUCAAAAUCGCCUCUUCAAAUUGCAGAUCCGCCCUCAAUUUUGUGGCUCUCAUCCCUUUUAUUUGACCGAAAACAAAUUUGAGAUGGUCCUGAGUAAACCGAAACAGAAUUGGCCCAAUUUCGCUUCAAUUCUCUGUGCGGAACGGGGUUCGGUUUUCCAAAAAAGGGCAACUCAAAGCGGUCAGUAGAUUUGGGGGAAAAAGAGCCGGACUUUUCGGAGAAUUUAUUAUUUUGAGUCAUGGAGUGUUGGGCCAAGAUUUAUUGGGUGCAAACGGCGACUUUAUUGGGUUAUCGUGGAGAUUGCCGAGGGAAAUUCGGCUGUAUUUUAGUCAUCAAUAAAAUUUGUAGAGUCUCAAUUCAAAAUUUCCUUGCCUUCUAGGGCCCUUCAGCCAUCCGUUUUUUUAAAAUCUCAAUGUUUUUUGAUUGUAGCCAUCUAUGUUCUUUCAUGAUCUAAUGACCUAGUAUAACAUGCCCUAAAAUUUCGGUGCCUUCCCAAGUUUUAAAACCCCGACAGUUCUUUCCAAAUUUCCCUCGAAGGCCUUCUAAAAAAGGCUUAACGCGGAGUCUGACAAUUUUUUUGAUUUUUGAUGGAAAUUUGACAGUUUGUUUGGAACCGCUCAAAAAACAUAGCAUCCUCUUUUUUCUUGUAAAGAAGUGAUGUUAUUUCGUUGAGGGAAAAGAAAUUUUCAUAGGGGCUUGAGAUUUUUUUUGGGGAAAUGAUUGUAAAAAUUGAGUUUUUGGGAAAGUUUUUAUAAAGCUUUGUGACGUAUUUUGGAACGUACUAAGUUUUAUACAGGGGUAAAAUCUUGAUCAUUUCUUUUAGACCCAUUAAAUUUUCUAAAUUUUCAUUUUUCUCCUAAUUUGCCCGUAAUUUUCAUCUCCUCAUUUUAAUCUGCCCCAGGCAAUAUUUCUUCCCCAGAACACAAUGUCACCCUUUCCUUCCUAUUCUUUUCCUCUUUUCUUACACUAAACGACAAUCGGGAGGGGGUUAAGAUGAGUUAUGGGGUGGUCAGUUAGAGGUCCAUAUUUCUUCAUCAAAAGGAAGUAUGUGUUCGGAGGAACAGAAAGAAUCGCGAAUACAUAUCGAGACCGGGGCUUAGAUACUGCGUAAAUUCGAGAGAACCCAGAGAAAGGGAUGAGGGUGAAAUUAAAAUCGGAGAUUUUUUGUCAAGAUAAUUUCUGCUACCGUAUGCUGGGAAAAUUGGACAGGAAGGUACCUCAAAUGUGAUGACUCUUCAAUUUAUUGAUUUUUUGUAAGAUUAUUGUACACAUUUGCAAUGUUUCGCCUUGAGCUUCUUAUGUUUUGAGUAAAAUUUGGAGAGCUUACUGUAUUCCAUAAACAUCAAAGGUUACGCAACUUUCAAAGCAGCGCAAAGCCGGGUAAAAAUAAUUUGGAAGCGAGUUUUAAGUGCAUUAGCAACCGAAAAAGGAAGCUCGGCAUUACGAAAGCCAUGCAAAUGACAUCUACUGGAGCAUGAUAAUUAUGCAGAUGGAAGAGCGGAGCCGAGGUGGCAAGUAAUAGCGAAAAUACGUUAUUUAGGGAGCGCGAGGGCCAGCGGACUUUAUUUUUGAUAUUCAAAAUAAUUUUUUUUUAUAUUACACUUGCUACUAAAUUGAAAAUUCCAUUGAUCUCAAAAAUCACGAAUUUUUUUAUCAUUGCUUCCUUCACAACGAGGAUUAACGUCAUUUUCCCUUUCAAAUUCUGUUUAUCACCCGUUCCCUGUCCAAAAUUCCGGUUAUUAUUCCGAUAAAUCCUUUUUUCUCUUCUUCUCUGCCCUCUCCCCUCUUCCGCCGUUCACUCCACCCUCCAUUUUUCGUAUAUCGCCGAUUUUCGGGGGGUUUUGAGAUGUCAGUGUGCAAAAUUUUUGACAAGUUGGCGCCGUCCAAGGCCCCUUCGCUCUCUCCGCAACCCCCUCUGCAUUGGGGUGGGGGGAGCAGAAGGGAAGGGAGAACUUUCGUUAACGGCGUUAUUUAUGGGCUAUCGCCGAGACCAUUAAUAUAAUGAGCGAAUGUUGUUAGUGUUUGUUUUUGACGCAAUCAUGUUUGGGGUGAUUUAUGAUGAUUUGUGUGAGGAAAAAGUAGCGGAAGUUGCCGGAAGUUGCGGUUUAUGGAGAUUAGGGGAUUAGGGCAGGGAAUCGCUUAUAUCUCUUGUCUUAUUAUGAAUUUUGGAGCUGACUAGGGAUCCUAAAUCGUCCGCAAUGUAGUGGUAAUAUUGAUACAGUGAUAUCAUAACCUCAGAUGACCACCUACUUUGAUAUAAGAGCUCUUAUAUCACUUAUCAUAUCUUUCUGAUGACGCAAACAGGCACUGUCAUCAUCGAUAAUCUCACAGUUGUUCAAUUGAUAAGCAUUGUUUCUGUUUUUUUCCAAUCAGCGCCUCAAAACAUCAACAUAUUAUACUUGAUAUCAACUGAUAUUCCGGUUCCUGGAAUAAUGGUCUUUGUUUGUUAUAAAGAGGUCCUAGCGUCGAUAUACGGUGCCGGGUAAAGCAAAAAAUCUUGUCAGUGGUGAGAUAGCGUUGAUUUUUGAGAGAGCGAGAGAGAAAAGAAAGCGCUUUUAUUAAUUAAGUUUAUGCGAAACGGAAGGAGCAGGUCGUAAAUAAAAAUUUUAUGAGUUUUUCCGCCCUGCGAUUGGUGGUUAUGAGAGAGAGUGGACUUAGGAAGGGCUACUGUAACUAUUAGAGAGCUUUCUUAGGGCAUAUGUAUAUCAAAAUUGGUGUAAUGUCAUGCGUAAAGCUAUGCAUUCUGUGUUAAGCCCUGAAUGUGAAUAAUAAGCCCCAUUCUCAUACGAAAUUACGCAAUUCACCAUCUGUUGAGCUUGUCCUGAUCUCCCCAUCAAAUCCCAAAAAGUCAUUGUCUAAUCUUUCCCUCGUCCUCGUUCUGUAAGAUUACCCUGCAAUUUAACCCAGAUAUACAUGGUCUAUUAUUCAACUCUCCAUAAUUUCCCCUCCUUUGUUUUUUCGACCCAUUUUUCUAUAGGGUACCCUAAUUACGGGAUCGGGGGCCAAAUUGGGUUAAGAGUUUCUCUGGGAUAAUCCUGGAAGAGGAAUCUGCGUUCACUCGAGAGAAGAGGCUAAUUAGAGCGUAAUUAAGUUUUUGAAUAUGCAAAUUUGGGAUGAAAAAUUAAUAUUAGUUGAUUGAGUCAUCAGUAAUGUUAUUAUUAUUGUUAUUAAGCAAGGUCUAAAUGAGUCAAGGUCGAAUUUUAAUCCGUCUGUUAUUAGAUCGAGGCACUCGAAUCUGCUUUUGGUUUUUGAUAUGCGGAUUAAGGCGAGGAAAUACCGAAAAUAUUGAUAAGACCACAAAUUUCCUCCACUUUUCCACGAGUUUAGACCGUUUGUGGCGACUAAUUCCGAUUUUUUGCAAACUUAGAUAUCUAAGAUUGUAGUAGACAUGUCCUAUUUAAUCUAACGAUAGUUGGUGAUCUAUUUUAAUGUAAUCGUUUCCAUAAAGUCCCAUUUGCUCAAAUAUGGUCCUGUGUUUAUACAAAGGCCUUAUAUGGACUGAAUGUGGACCUAGAUUUCCUCCCAAAACGCUCCGGAUAAUCCGCUGCAUCUUUUUGGCACCGCAUCCACUUUUUCCCGUCGCUUUUGUGGGAAAGUGCACUUGAACGCUGCAUAAAGUGCCAAAAAGUCAAAGGUGAAUGUAAUAUUCGUUAUGACACGGGUUGUUUUACUUUGCUGGUUUUUGAAAAACUGGAAAAUUUUAGGGGUCGAUUUUUUUGUCUGUUAAAAAUUUGGGUAAUCGGAAUUUUUUUGACACACCUUUUUAGCGCUUCUUCAACGGUUUUUCUGACGAGAGAGUACCAAAAAUGAGGAGAGGCGAUCAGAGAAAAAAAAUUGACGCUUGUUCAUUUUAAAUUCCUCAAGGACAAAAGAAAUUUUGUAGAAAUUUUACGCGAAAAUUUUUGAAGAAAUCCCGAUUUUUUAAAAAGAAAAAAAUUUUUUGGUGUUUUCUGCAAAGCGCGAAAUUACUAUUGAAAUCCGAAAAAACGCAUAAGAAUGACCUGUGACCCUUUGUGGUUUACCUAUAUCCCCAAACAUACCUAAACGCCCAUCGUUGAGUGCACUUGAAUGCCCUGCACUUCAGAAUGUUUUCUUUUCAUCGGGUUUAUAAAAAUGAUAUUCCGAUGGGGUUUAUGGGGUUGCGCAAGACCUUAAUGUUUAUUUAAAGAGGGCUCGGCUUUCAAAUUUCUUUGAAAUUUAAUGGCUUUGGCUUCGUUUUAAGGCUUUAAUUUUGGAAUUCGAAUAAUUUUCCAAUUCCGAAAUUACAUUUUAGAUGAAAACUUGUAAUUUUUUCGCAUUUUUCACUUUAUUUUAAUCGAAAAGUCCUAGAAAAGGUCGAAUUUUCGGGGUUCGACUACGUUACUAACCUAAUUUCGCAAAAUGCCCUGAGGCAAAAUUACUUUUCAACCAGAAAGAGUAAGGAUUUCCCCGAGUAUUUUUUUGCCAUUAAAAGCCCCUUUUUUGAAAAUAUUCUUAAUUUAAUCCAAAAUUUCGACUGAAUUCAAUCCUGCCCUCAGGCUAAAGACCCUCUCUAAUGUUGUUUAUCCGAUGCAUGGAUGCCAUUUCAUAUAAAAUCUCGGCAAAUCAUCGAAUUCUUGAUGAUUUUUCGUGCGAAAAUUAUGUUACACUUGAUCAUAACCAAAAAAUUUUUGAGCAAAAUAUUCUGUGUUGUAUUUUGAACGGUUUGUUUAUUUAUUUCCCCCAUUUCCCGAGCCAACUGUUUUCUUUUGAGGUCAUAAACAUUGUUUAUGCCUUAUAUUAUACUAAAAAUUUUUUGAAAAUUUAAAAAAGGCUAGUCCGAUCGUUAAUUUUUCAAAUUUAUUGAAUAAGAUUUUACUCAAUAAUAACCGAUUUCCUUUUCAGAAUGGACGAUGGAACAGGGAAGCGUCCGUACAUUCGACUAAAUUCCAAUCUCCCCAAUGUCACAAGGCACACUGGAGGUGAAGUGAGGCUGAAAUGCGAAGCCGUAGGAUCUCCUCAACCGCUCAGUUUCACGUAAGUUCAAGUUUGACCGUAAUUUUGCGGAAUUUUGGGAAAUUUGAGGAAUUCCAAAAAACCCGUCAUAGCUGACCGAUUUAAGGCUCUAAAUUAAUAUAAAAACAAGACCCCUCAACGUUUUUUUAUGUUUGUUGACCCCCGGAGUCACAAUCAGCGAUCUUGCUACCGUUUAAUGUCGUUUUAAAGCAUGUCAUAAUGACGGAUUUUAUGGAUUUUCUUCGAUUUUUUCUUUUUUCCUCUAAAAAUUUUUUUUAAAGUUAGAACUUGUUUUGCAAUGCUUGUAAGCUCGAAAGAAGAGUAGUAUUGACUGUGAAUAAUUUCAGAUGGCUCAAAAACCAUGCCCCGAUUGAGAAAAGUCGAAAAGUGAAAGUCCGAAACCGCGAAUUCUGGUCCAAACUGGUCAUAACCGAUCUGGAUGUCCUCGACAGCGGCUAUUAUCAAUGCACAGCCAGCAACAGCGCCGGAUCUGUGAAUACAACAUCAGUUUUGAGGGUAAGUUCCCAUUUCGAUUUGAUUUUUUUAACUUUUUGGAGAAAACUUAUAUUAUCCAUGACGGAAAUCUGUGGUUUUGCGAAAAACAUACGUUAUGCAUGCGUUUAGUCGGCUAGUAUGCCUUGUCUAAAACAAAAAGCAUGUGGUUUCUGACAAUUUGCCUCCCGUUUCCGAGUCCUGGAUCCCUUAUCUCCGCCGUUUUACCAUCAAUAAUCACAUGUAGCAAAAUGCGCGGCAUGUUUGCCUAAAUUUGGACGGCGUUUCGAAAGACAAUGUCCUUUUCCAGACCGUUCCCCGGAGGGCAGUUCCUCUUCUCCGCGGCUCAAUUUUUUCCUCGUUCCAAACUCUUUGUGGUCAAAGGUCGUACAGCUGUUUUUUGGAGGGCCGGGGAAACGGCUCGAUUUGUACUCCGGCAUGUUCGGCUCGGGUUUUAUGGCCAGAAAAUUUAUUGAAUUGAUCAAGCGUUUUGGCGGAUUUUACGAUUUUAGUGGGGGUUGGCGGAAGUUUGAGGUGUUUUAUGAGUAUUCUGGGAGUUUUAAGUGUUCUAGUUACUGAAAAAAAUAAUAUUUGGAGCGUCUGAACCAAUUUUUUUCCUUUGAAUGGGUAUAUUAGACUUGAUUAGAGUCUUCAAAAGGGUUGGAGAACGGAUUGGGACAGAAAUAAUUGGAUUUUCUGGCCGAAAACAGCUUCUCUAAUAUUAUACUAGACAAGAAUUUGCAAAUUUUGCAAAAAAUAGUCCAGAUCUUGAGAUCUUGCAAUUGUUUUCCCCCGAUUCUGCCUUUGACUCUUACCCGAGCUCUUCCUCUUUGCCCUUAGGCAGUUUCCCAAUUUACAACAGCCUAAUUAGCCCCCGAUUUUUUUAUGAAUUUCCUUCCGAUCACACCCUAAUUUUUUUAUGAUUCCCACCGCUGAUAAACGCAGAUUGCCCUUAGGUGAGGCAAAUAAAUUAGCCCCUGAUAGUGUGCUGAGCGUCCACUUGGGAGAGAAAAUAUUCGAAAAAACGAAGGCGAAGAAAAAUUGAUGGGGCGCUUCAUUUAUCAAUCGACGCUUUCGCUGCUCGGACAGUGAGUGAGUGCCGUGAGGUCGUCGGGGACGAAUGGAAACUCCCAUCCUCCACUUUUUUUGUUCGAAGAAUGGAGUUCGGCUGAUUUGUGAACUACCCUUUUAUUUUAUGGGAAAGUUGUAAAAAUAAGUGGUAAUAAGAAUGUUGCGUUCCGGCUGGAGGUGGCUUUUUUGGAGCGAGAGUAUGAUCAUCGAAUGGUUUGACCUUUAGAAGGUCUUGUCUCGGGUUAUGAGUUAUUUGGAGCGGUUUUUGUCUAGUGUAAUCUCUGUAAUAUUCACUUUAUGGUUGGUUGUUGAAAAAAGAGGUAAUUGGGACAUCGAAAAUUAUGCAUUGAUUGAAGGUAUAUGAGUUCGAUUUUUGUCUACUCUAAUAUCAAAAAUUCAUGUUUCUAACAGAAAAAAUCUGUAAAUCAAUUUCCGACGGGCAGUAUGAUCUUUGAAAAUGCCUUUAGGGAAAUUGUUAAGGCUGUUUAGCGCUUUCUGGAAUUUUUUUUACCUAGUGUAAUAUCAGAAUUGAUAAAAAUUUCUUACAAUUUUUUGCCAAGAUAUUUGCAAAUGAGUGUUUCGAUCAACUUUAGGGCUUUUCAAUUCUUAAAAUACUGUGAUCACUCCCCUAUAGCCACCUCAUCAUGUCAGUUAAAGAGUAAUUGUCAAAGCAAAGAUUACUCAGCCAAUGACUCUCUUCUUCAUCCCAUUCGCUUUCUUUUCCCAUUCUUCUGUUUUCGAAAUGGAUGAGCACCGAAGAUUUUGGGGCGAUCCACUGACAGCCGAUAUGAGGAAUGAGGGGCGCGCGCGGCCCGGGCUAUGGCCCAACUGCGAUUUUUAAUUAUGUUUUGCGCUUUGAAAAGAUCUUCGGUUGUAAUCGAAAAUGGACAGGGAAAUAAAUGGGGUUUCUAUGGGCUGGGAAAGGGAGCUAGAGACUUUUAAAGUUUCAAAAAUGGUGUUAAAGAGCCUUAAAAUACCUAAAGUAAUAUAAAAAGUCAUAAUUUGUGACUUUUUAUAUUAUUUUAUGUAUUUAUGAGCAUUUUUUUUACUUUUUAAUGACUGUAAAUAGUCUGAAUGUGCAAAUCAGAUCUUGUACUGAAAUACGAGCCCAAAAGUAUUAGCCGAUUAGAGAGAGGCGUCCAAAAAUUUUAAUCGCCACUGAUCAGAACCAGAUGGUGGCUCAUUUGCGGGUUGGUCGCCUCGAAAGAAGCCUCGCAAACGGUCGAAAAACGCUGCGAAAACACUUUGGGAAUAGAUUUGGGUGGUCUCGAGUAUUGUAAAUUCUUUCCCGUUUGAGGCCAUGUUAUCGCGAGUUUACGACGGCCUGUUUAAGAGUGAUAAAGCGUCGCGAUUGACAGAUUAGACUAGUUUCAUCUCAUCAGCUGAGGUGCUCCAGCUGGGUUUUCUCUGUUCGAAAUCUAAAUUUCCUCCUGUCUUAUCUAUUUUUAGCGCGAUUUUAAUGCAGUUUUGCCCGUUUUUUCCCACGCUCAUAAAACGAACACAUGAUAUCGCUGAUCAUGGCUCAUUGUACUGACUCAGGUACUUCUUUCGUCCCAAAAUCGCUUAUUACUGUCAUAAAAGCAUCUUUUUUACAGUAAUUUCCACGAAAUUUUUCUUUGUCCUUGGAUAAGAACAAUACAAGUUUUUUUGAACUUGUUGGAGCUUAUGCGAAUAAAUGGCCGAGGAUUUGAGCGCCCUCAAUCUUUUUCUGAAUUUUUAAUGAGUUUCAUUUCACUCUUUAGUCAGUUUUUGCACACUCGGAUCAUAUAUUGUCUAUGGGCUCAUUCUUCCCGGGGUUUGUUCGUUUCGCUGAGAAUGCUGUUGUUGGAUAAAUGGGCGAAAAAUAGGAGGAUGUGAGGGGAAUUUGCAUAAUUUUGGAGAGAAAAAAACGUGAUUGAAGCCGGUUUUUGUUGGCUAUCCUAGAAACUGUCUAUUAUAUGGUUGGAAUCAAAAUUUUCAAAGAAUUUUAGUUUAAUAGAAGGCUAAAGUCUUUCGAAAGUUUUGGUCUUAACUUUAUAAUAGACUUUGUGAUUACGUAAGGUCAUUUUUUUACAGUUUCAGACUGUAAUUUGCCUCCGAAACGGCCGAAAUUGGACGGAAUUUGAAAAAUAAUAGAGACCACCCAAGUUGCGCACGAUUUAUUUUGUAUAAACGCCGAUCCGCGCUUUGUUUCCCCCAAAAAAUCUAAAACAAUGACUCAAAAAGGAUUCGAAUUUCCUGGCCAAACUAAUUCCGUGUGUGGUAAUUAGAACAAUACGCCGAUUUUCCGAUGAUUCUUUUGAUUUUCGGAAGAAUUUUUCCCGUUUUUCGAUUCAAGCUUUUACUCGUUUUGAAUUUGGGGUUUCGAAUUUUCCCUGUGAAUUCGAAUGGAAAAGCAUUUUUAUUCUCCAUGUUUGGCCAGAUCUGCAUUGGCCAAGCCGCGUUUCCUCCGUCCUUCCUCUUUGGCCUGACAGAUUUCGGCGUCCCAAGAAAUAAACUGCCAAAUGUCGCGCGAUCAUUCCGGUUUGCCGGCGAUUUGAGUGGACUUUUUGGAUUAUGGCCAGAGUUUUGAGGGGUAAUCUGGCCUGGCCAAAUGAAAGAUUGAAGUUGCUAUAAGUGAUUGGGUUUUUUCGGUGAACCCGCCUUGCUGGCCAAGGAUAAUAUGGAUUUGUGUUGAGAAACGGGUCUUUGUUGCGUCUACUAAGCGCAUGGAUCAUUCGUAAGGCCUAAGAAUCUGUCCAGAACAGCCCUCUUGACCUUAUCCUUGAUCCAACUCGCCCCCGGCUCUUUGCAACUUUCGUAGCCGCCCGUUCCCACAGGCCACCGCCUUAAAAUCCAUCCCGAAUUUGCCUAAUCUCAUUCUCAUUGGGCCCAUCCCGCCAAAUGAAUUGAAAUGAGCCGCAAAAGGGAAUUGGCACCGCUGAAGGAUUAGGGCCAACGAAAAAACAAAGCAGCGGUCAUUCCCGAAAAGAAGCCGCCCCCUCCUCGGUGCGGGCUCCCAGUUGAAUUCCGCAAUUGAUUUGGGGUGACCCUGGGACAACACUCACACCAGAUUGUCCAAAUUGGAAAAGCGAGAGCGGGCGGAAUAUAAGGAAAAGUUAAUUUCGAGAUAUUUCGAAAGUUAGGGGGCGUUUGGUUGGGUUUGGGUAGAGUAAAGCCGUUCGGAGGUUUGAAUGAAAAGAAGAUUGUCUAAUUUUUUCGUAUCUCCCACGUUAUCAAGGCUUGUGCAAAAAAACAGCGUGUUUAAAUGGACCUAUUUAUUGAAAUCCAAAAAAAUACAAGUUCAAUUCUAACAACGGUUAAGGCGCGAAACCACCCAUUUUAAUCGAAUUCCUAAUGAUUUCCAAACCCCCUCAGGCCAAGUUUCAACCGAGUCUAUGUUUUGACUGAGCUCGCACUUUCCUCGGACCCCCAUAAAUUAGCGUUUUGUCUUGGCGAUGGAUUUAUGGCGGGCCGAGAAAAUUGAAUGCCUAUCGCCGGGCGGGGAUUAGAACUCGAGUCGAGAAUGAUCAGGGUGUUUAAGCCAGGUCGUUAAGUGGUUUUAGAGGCUAAUUUUCAAAGUUUACUGGGAAAGUGGGUGAUAAUAGAGGAAUAAUUAUAAAUGGGCUAUUUGGGUGGUAUAACAUAUUUUUUUUGCUGUAUCAGGUUAAGAAUUGUUUGGAACUGUCCGUAACUUGAUGAAUAGCUUGUUCCUUGCGCCUUCCCAUAUCCACUCCCCUUCUGUUAGCCACUGGUAACUUGACCUCGAGUCUUCGACGGUUGCGCAACUCCCGUAAACCCCCGUUUUAAAGCUCGCUGACAGAUAUUGAUAGCUUCUUUAUGAGAAAUAUGUCGACGGAAUGCGCUCUAAGGUAAUGUUAGAUCAUAUUUGAUUUGAUAAGGCUGAUUGUUGAGGAAAUUUUUGUCUGUUUUGGAUUGUUUUGCAAGUUCUCUCGGGGUGAAAUUACAAGGAUAAGGUUUGCGAAGAGUGUUGGGAGUUGUUGUGAGCAGAUUGCGAGCAUAUUGGGUAUUUAGAGGCGUGAGAGUGUUGAGAAUGGUCAGAAGGGAUCGUAAAAAGAAUUCGGUAAGGUUGGUUGGGUCACGGUUAAGAUGAUUUUUGUCAAGGAUAUACUCUAAGAGGGAUUUUUGGGCAUUACUUUUACUUUGUAUGACAUAAUUAUUGUCAUGGAUAAUAUAAAUUUUGGUGUUUUUUAUUAGUUUUUGGGGUUUUCUUGAAGCUAUUAAGAUUUUUUUAAUAGUUUUAGGAUGAUUUUUGUAAGCUUUGGACUUUAUUUUUUCAUGAAUUAAUUUCAAUUUUUUUCAGGUGAACACCGCUCCCCCGAAUGCCAAGCCCAAGCCCUCGACGUCGGUGAACAAGCACAAGAACAUCGAAUUCGACGAGGAGUACGGCGAUUAUUUCGACGAGAAUCAACGGGCCGGCGACAACUUUGACGACAUGUUCAAGGUCCCCGAUGCUGCCGGCGGCCACGGCUACGCGCCCAUGCAGGAAAUGGCCAACGAACGAUGGCUGGACGGCCGCACCCUCACCAAAGGCCAAUGUGUCCCGUACAUGGGAAGGGCGUGCUCCAACUUCCUGAGCGGUCGAUAUAUUAUGAUCACAACGGAGAACAGGGACGAGAUAUACGAUGUGGACCAUCAUAUCUCGGCGGCCAUGAUGUUCAUUCACAAGAUGCCGGAUGUCAGUGAGCAAUGCAAGAAAUACUCACAUGCCGUCGCGUGCUAUCAUCGCUACAAAGUCUGCGAUCAGAGCUCGAGCUCGUAUGGAGCGGCGGAAAACGUGGUUUCGUUGUGUAGACCUGAUUGCGAUGAACUACAGGUAAGAAUUUUGAAUUUUUGAAGAAAAAAGAGUGGUCCAAAAGAGGCAUUCUGUCGAUAUUUUGCAGUUUUUUUGAGACGUUUUUUGUGAUUUUAUUACCUAUUUUAAUAUGCAAUCUUUCAUUUGCAGUCCGCCGUUUGCCCCAAAGAGUUCGCCAUGGCCGCUCAACACGAACUGAUUGGGGAUGGCCCCAAAUCCCUUCUACCUCGAUGUGACACGAUCUCCCCGGACGCCUCUCAUUGCAUCCGAGUCCUUAACCCAACCCCCUCAGGCGGCCUCCCCAAAUCUCCGAUUGAAACCAUCCCUGAAACGGAUCCAUCGGCCGGCAAAUUCAGCCAUUGGUGUUAUGUGGACAGUGGCCGCAAAUACGAAGGAAACGCGGCCACAACAGUCAGCGGCAAAGUCUGUCUCCCGUGGAGAGACAGCCCGUCGUCCGAGUUCCAUCCCACCGCCAAUAAACGCCUCAGGAACGCGGGAAAUCACUGUAGAAAUCCGGGAGGACCCAUUAGCCAACCAUGGUGCUAUGCGGCUCAAACUGGACUCCCAGAGCCGUGUGAUGUCAAGAAAUGCCCACCCAACUUUUACCCGGAAUUCUCAGACUCCGCUCCGGAAAUGGGCUCCGGCUUCAUCGAUGACAUGUCCCGGACUUGGCAAGGCUUCAGCCCACAAACUCAAUUGAUCUCAGCCGCUUCGUUUGGAGCGGUUCUGUUUGCUAUCUUCCUCUGUCUUUGCUGCGCUUGCUUCUGCCGGAAAAAGAAGACAAAAUCUUCGGCCUCGACCUCGGCAACAACCACUGGUGGCCACAGCACCGUGACCUCGUCGAUGCUCAAUAAGAACGGCUACUUUGUACAGAGCAUGAAUGGAGGCUCUUCGAUUGCCAACUCGGCCGUCAACGCCCAAUAUUACAAUCGAGGCCAGCCCCCACCGCCGAUGAUGAUGGCCCAACCCAAUUAUGAAAUGAACUCCCUCCUUCAUCCUCGCCACGCCGCCCCUGGAUCCGCAAUUCAUUCGAUCGGAUCGCAUCCCUACGCGACAGCACAAGCAGCCUCCCACAUGCAAUUGUACAGCCCUCAUACCUCAACCGAUCCCUCAGAGCAAUCCAUCUCAAUUAUCAACGAAAAUCAGGUAAUGAAGUUGAUAAGGAUAUAAAAUAAUAAAAAUCUCUGUGUAUAUACGAUAAUAUGUAGUUAGUAUUGUAGAAAAAUAAAUUUUAAAUCAUCGAAGGAUAGGAUUUUUUGAAAUUUUUUGGAAUUUGAGGGAAGGGGACAUUUUAUACGAUGAAUUCUUUAUUGGGGUUUUACGGUGAAAUAGGGGUAAAUUAAGAGAAUUGUGUAGGAAAUAGUGACCUAUAUUAUUUAAAAUACGCUACGAUUUUUUUGGUAACAAUUGGUGGCCUAAAUUUAGAAUAACUUUUUAAAAAUGUCUUCAAAAGAAUCUUAAAAAUCAAUUUUUUUAAUUAUCCAAUCUUAUAGAUCACGAUUGAAAAUAAAAUUGGUGAGGACAGCCGAGAAGUGAUCUACCAAGGAGAAUACACACCACCAAAGGGCUUUGAUCACACUGCAAAGACCAUAAAAGUCGCAAUUCGGAUGCUUCAAUUGGGCUCGUCCCAGCUGGAAAUCGAAACUUUCCGAGAAGAGAUCCGCGGAUUGGCCAUGUUCGAGCAUAUCAAUGUGAUCCGAAUGCUGGGUGUGACAUACAUCGAGCAGAAUACGAGAAUGGGAGCGGUCUUUGAUUACGAUGUGAAUGGAAAUUUGGUUCAAUAUCUGAAGCUGAGGGAACCAAGGGGAAAUGAGUAAGUUUGGAGGGGCAGAUGUAGGCUGUAUCUUUGCGAAUUUGGUUUGAAAAAUUGGGGUUUUUUAUGGAAAAGAUCAAAAAAUUAAAAAGAUUUUUUGGGAUGUCCUCUGCGACAAAAAAAUUUCCUGUAACCUUGAAAGCUAGACUUUGUCUUAUCAAUAUUUUUCCAAUUUCAGAUCGGAAGAAGAACGCUGCCGCAACUACGAGGACAUGUGUAAGAUCGCGGCCCAUAUUGCCGGAGGCAUGGAAUACCUGGCCAGCCAAGGCUUUGUUCAUCGAGAUUUGGCCGCCAGAAACUGCCUUGUCGCCAACCAAAUGGUCGUCAAGAUCGCCGACUUUGCCAAGUAUCAACAACAAUAUGAUCACGACUAUAUCAUCAUGAACAACCAAGCAAAACUCCCGAUCCGGUGGAUGGCCAAGGAGGCGUUUGAAAUUGGAAAUGAAAAGACAGAUGUUUACUCGUUCGGAGUGACGUUAUGGGAGAUUUACACGUUCGCUCAACAACCUUAUGGACAUCAGAGUGAUCAAGAAGUUAUCGAAAAGAUUACAUACCGAGAUGUGUUGCAGUGCCCAGCCGGAUGCCCUACCAAAAUUUAUGGGUAAGAAAUCUUAAUUUUGGGUUUGAAAUUUCCACGCCUCUUUUAUGCAAAAAUUUAGGAGAGCAAGCGUUAAAAUUUAAAUUUUAAAAUUCAAAUAUGAUUUCUAUUGUUUCAGAUUGAUUGUCGAAUGUUGCAAUGCCAUCCAGGAGCGUCGUCCCACCUUCCGAGAACUCCAUCAACGCCUCCAAGUAAUGUCCGCCUUAGGGCAUGCCGCCUAUGGCACAGCCCGCGCCAGCUCAGUCCAUUCCGGCGGAUCCUCGGGCCAAUCCGGCCAAGGGAUGAAUAAUGGAUUCGUGAAGGGCUCCCUAGACGGAGUAAAUCAAUUUGGCAACCCUAUGGUCCCCUCCCCCGCACCCCAUGUCACUAAAAUGGCUAUGAUGCCCGGUCAGAACAGUGUAAUGCACAGUACCCCGAUUGGUCAUCGAUCUCCGAGGUCGAGAGCACCCAAUGAUCAAGGGGAAGACACUUCCCCGCUGAUGAGAAGGAAACCCUAUGAGGCUUACACUUCGGACUCGGCCUCAGAAGAUUAG